AUGACGGACCCUACUCUGGCAGAGAAUCUGGACCUUGAUGAGGAGGCCUAUAUCUCCGCCGAGGAUGAAGAUUUCCAGCUAGACGCGGCACCGGACGAGUCCGACUUAUCUUCCGACGCCGAUGAAGCCGCAGAACCCGCAAAGAAGAAGCGAAAGACAGACACCCAAUCCCAUAUUCCCAAAGACGCAGAACUUGACUCUGGAGAUGAAGCUACAAUUAGAAAAGCGAAGGAGAAGAAACAGAAGAAGACCGGGAAGAAGCCCAAGGGACAACGCGCGCGCGACAGCGACGAGGACGAUGUCGACAUUGACAUGGACGACGAUGAAGGAGGCACCGGAGGAUUCGUGCGAACACGCGCAAUGAAACAGCAAAUAUACCCGAAUCCGCCCCCCGAAGCUGAACCAACGGGCGAAACGAAAGCACAGGACCUGGGUACCAAAGAUGCAGAACAUAAAGUAGGCCACGCCGUGCAUGCCGACCAGAUGAUUAAGAUCAAGCGCACCUACAAGUUUGCUGGAGAAUGGAUCACCGAGGAGAAGGUUGUGCCGAAACACUCGGCGGAGGCUAAAGCGUUUCUGUCAAGUGGAGACAAUGUCGAAUACACCGAUGAGGAUGCAGCCGCAAAAGCCACUCGCAACCUUCGGCGACCGCUUCGCAAGAUCUCGCGAUUCGACCCCAACCCGACCGGCACGAUCAAGAAAAGCUGGGAGAAACAACUCGUUACUGAUAACAAGGACCCGCGCGGACCCAAAAUCAACACCGUGGAGAAGUCAAGACUCGACUGGGCCUCGUACGUCGACUCGGCGGGUAUCAAAGACGAGCUGCGCACGCAUAGCAAAGCUAAAGAGGGUUAUAUCGGUCGCAUGGAUUUCUUGGGUCGUAUGGAGGAAAAGAGGGAAGAGGAACGGCGAGCUGCGCGGCUCAAGGGCAUAUGA